AUGGAUACAGCUAUGAAAUGCUUCUCAGAUUGGUUAGCAGCACUAGAAAAAUACAACCAAACCAAACCAGAAACAAGAGAGGAACCCUGGAAAGCUCCAGCAAUUGGAUGGAUAAAAUUCAACAUAGAUGCAGGCUGGACAGGAGAGAGCUCGACAGGAUUUGGUUUCGUUGCAAGAGACACAAGAGGAGUUCUAAUGGUGGCUGGAUCUCAGAUAGAAGAACAAAGAAUGGAUCCCCUGUUAGCUGAAGCAAUGGCCUUAAGGUGGUGUUUAAUGACAGCGAAGGAGUUAGGUAUGGAUAGUGUGAUUUUUGAAUCUGACUCUCUCUCUGUAAUCAAUGCAAUGAGAACGGAUUCAACCGCUUGGACUAUCCAGACUGUUAUACAAGAUUGUAAAGCCUUAGCUAGAUCCUUUCCCUCCAUCUCAUUCUCACAUGUAAGGCGUAAAGCCAAUUCCCCUGCUCACAUUUUAGCCUCUGUAGCAUGCAAAUACCUCUCUAAAAUUUGGUGGGAUAGUACCCCAAAUGAGAAAGUGCAUGCUUUGAUUGUAGACUCAACUUUUUCAGAUUAA